AAGCUCGGGUCAGAGGACAAGGGCAAAGAGGAGGUGGAGCUGAAGAACCUUUACACGAUUGGUCUCAAUUCAUUCCGGCAGUUCCUCAUGGAAAAGUUCCUUCCAGUGGUUAAAAGCAUGGACCUUCCCAUGUUCAUGCGCUUAGCGCUGCGUAACGUGGCCUAUGCAGCCCAGAGAUGGAGGGAGGCCCCCAGCCUUCAGGACAUCGAUCGGGAUUUGAGGCCCUACUUGCCAGCCCUGCGUCUCUUCGUCUAUGGCGUUAUAGAGCCGCUUCUGAGGGACAGCGUGCGCUUUGCUGUUCCCGAGUUCUUCUUGAAGAAGACCUCGAACGACUUUAAGCCCGAUGAGCCCCAAACAGCCAUGAACCUGGAAGCUGUCGCGGACUUCCUGGGCCAGAUGCUCUGCAACACCAUCGACCCAAAAGAGAAGGCCCUGAACUCUGCCGCCAAGAGCCUGAAGGAGGAGCUCCUGCAAUUUAUCCGAGACCAGGCCUCCGUCGAGGAUACGACGGGCCCAGACCUCCUCGGGGCUGUUCUGAAAGCGCACUUCUCGCGCGAGCAGGUCUGUGUUAGCAUGACGCAGGCUCAGAUCAUGAAGAUGUCGAACCUUCUGAAGGAGUACAGCAGCAAGCUACGGAUAAAGGAGCAUGAUGAGCUCCAUGACUGCUCCCAGAAGACGCCCGACUGGGAGAAGGAGGUCAUCAUGAUUACGGAACGCUACGAUGUGCCCUUCAACUUCCGGCUGGACUGCAGGUUCAUGAUCCACGAGGAGGACAUCGCCCUCUGCCAGCAGUCCAUGUGCCCUCUGCCGGCCUGGGCCUGCAGCUCACAGACUUCCCCUUUGCUGGUGAACGAUGAUGAGGAGACAGGUGUCUCCGAGCAAGGCGCCUUCUUCGAGUCGCUGUUUCGCCGACUCCCAGCGCUGCAAAGCAAAAGUUUCCAGCAACUGCGAGAGGAGUGCAAUACCCACCGUCAGCAAUUGGCCAGCGCAGAGGGAAACCUUCAGCUGGUCAACGAUUUGGACACAGCGGUAGGGCAGAUCACGGAACUGAUUGACGUCAGCGCGGAGCCCAAAGAGCUGCUGGACACCCUGGCGGAGAGGGUCCGCUCACGCCAAAGGCGCUAUCGCCAGCUGGAGGUGGUGGAGAGGAACGUCAAGGCGGCCGUAGCUGCGAAGCUGCAGUACCAUCAGGAGCUGAAGAAAGCUGCUGUGGAGCUGAAGGGGGCUCUAGAUUUCUCCCUGACGAAGAAGCUGCCAUCCACGCUGCAGAAGGCCUGCAACGCGUCCAAUGUGACGCCGUUCUUUCAGGCCUUGGCUCGUCGCCUCGAGGUGGCGCCGCCGGUCGUCGACCUCAAAUUCUGGGCGGACGAGUCAGAAAUCAGCGCGCUUGUGCUUUGUCUAGGCGGCAACCAGAUCGGUGCCAAGUUCUGGGAGGUGAUCGCCGACGAGCACGGCAUUGACCCCACAGGUACCUACCAUGGAGAUUCUGACCUGCAGCUUGAGCGUAUCAAUGUGUACUUCAACGAGGCGACCGGAGGACGUUACGUUCCUCGUGCGAUCCUGAUGGAUCUUGAGCCAGGAACAAUGGACUCCGUCCGAGCUGGGCCCUUUGGUCAGCUCUUCCGCCCCGACAACUUUGUCUUUGGACAGACAGGAGCCGGCAACAAUUGGGCUAAGGGUCACUACACUGAAGGUGCAGAACUCAUUGACUCCGUGCUCGAUGUUGUGCGAAAGGAGGCAGAAGGCUGCGACUGCCUUCAGGGCUUCCAGCUCUGCCACUCCCUUGGCGGCGGAACCGGCGCCGGUAUGGGGACUCUGCUGAUCUCAAAGGUGCGUGAGGAGUAUCCUGAUCGCAUCAUGGAGACGUUCUCCGUGAUUCCGUCUCCCAAGGUCUCGGACACCGUUGUCGAGCCGUACAACGCUGUCCUGAGCUUUCAUCAGCUGGUGGAGAACUCCGACGAGUCUUUCUUGCUGGACAAUGAAGCUUUGUACGACAUUUGCUUCCGAACCCUGAAGCUGACAACGCCGACCUACGGUGACCUGAACCACCUGGUCUCCGCAGCCAUGAGCGGUGUGACCUGCUGCUUGCGCUUCCCAGGACAGUUGAAUUGCGACCUGCGCAAGAUCGCCGUCAACCUGGUGCCGUUCCCGCGCUUGCACUUCUUCAUGACGGGCUUUGCGCCACUGACCUCCCGCGGCUCGCAGCAGUACCGUGCCCUGACAGUUCCCGAAUUGACGCAACAAAUGUUCGACGCCAAGAACAUGAUGUGCGCCGCGGAUCCACGCCACGGACGUUACCUCACUGCGGCGGCACUUUUCCGUGGCCGCAUGUCCACCAAGGAGGUGGAUGAGCAGAUGUUGAACGUCCAGAACAAGAACUCCUCCUACUUUGUGGAGUGGAUCCCCAACAACAUCAAGGCCUCGGUGUGCGACAUCCCGCCCAAGGGUCUGAAGAUGGCUGUGGCCUUUGCUGGAAACUCGACUGCCAUCCAGGAGAUGUUCAAGAGGGUGGCCGAGUACUUCACGGCCAUGUUCCGCCGCAAAGCCUUCUUGCACUGGUACACCGGCGAAGGCAUGGAUGAGAUGGAGUUCACCGAAGCCGAGUCAAACAUGAACGACCUGGUCUCUGAGUACCAGCAGUACCAGGAUGCCACCGCGGAGGAGGAAGGUGAGUUUGACGAGGAGGAGGGCGAGUAUGAUGGAUGA